AUGGACGCGACAGAGGCACAGACCUACGCAGCAAGGUCCACGGUCGACAACAGUGGCGUCGGCGUGGCACCAGCAGGCGGUCCCGUCGAAGCAGAAGAGGACCGAGGAAAGGAGGCGGAGGCACUUAAGGCGCAGGUGGACGGAUGCGGCGAGGCCGGCAUGAGCGCGAGGGCCGAGGCAGCAGCGCGGCGCGUGGAGACGCGCGCCUCCCAGGCAGUGCGACGACAGCUCUGA